CCAUCUCCUGUACUUGAUGGCCAAGAGAUGAGACACCAGAGAGCCAAACUGUGGUAGCUCUGGCGAUCACCAGCGAAGACGACGGUGGUCUCGAUGGGCUCGUCGAUGAGCUGGUGCUGUGGUGCCAAGAGGGUCGAUCAAGGAUUUGUAAAUGGAGCAGCUAAUAGUUCAUGGAGGAUAUUUACCUACAAGGAGCUAUAUGCAGCCACUAAUGGAUUCAGCGAGGACAAUAUGCUCGGCGAGGGUGGGUUUGGAAGCGUUUACUGGGGAAAGACAACUGAUGGGCUUCAGAUAGCUGUGAAGAAGUUGAAAGCCAUGAAUUCGAAAGCUGAGAUGGAAUUCGCAGUAGAGGUUGAGGUCCUUGCAAGGGUUCGACAUAAGAACCUGCUUGGUCUUAGAGGUUAUUGUGCUGGAGCGGAGCAUAGGCUUAUCGUCUAUGACUACAUGCCCAAUCUGAGUCUGUUGUCCCACCUCCACGGCGAGUUCAGGGGUGAAGCGCAGUUGGACUGGAAAAGAAGGAUGAAUAUCAUACUCGGAUCCGCAGAAGGACUGGUGUAUCUGCACCAUGAGGUGAAACCCCACAUCAUCCACCGGGACAUCAAGGCGAGCAACGUUCUCCUGGACUCCGAGUUUGAGCCCCUGGUUGCCGACUUCGGCUUCGCCAAGCUCAUUCCCGACGGGGUAAGCCACAUGACCACGAGAGUGAAGGGCACGCUGGGUUACCUCGCCCCGGAGUACGCCAUGUGGGGCAAAGUCUCCGAGAGCUGCGACGUCUACAGCUUCGGCAUCCUCCUCCUCGAGCUCGUCUCCGGCCGCAAGCCCAUCGAGAAGCUCCCUGGCGGCCUCAGGCGCACCAUCACCGAGUGGGCCGAUCCCCUCAUCUCCAAGGCUCGCUUCCGGGACCUCGUCGACCCGAGGCUCCGCGGGGACUUCAACGAGGCCCAGCUCCGGCGAGUCAUCGAGGCCGCCGCCCUCUGCGUUCAGGGGGAGCCCGAGAGGAGGCCCGACAUGCGUGAGGUAGUGGCGAUCAUCAAAGGAACGGCGGCCCAGGGGGAGGGAAUGAGGAUAGAGAGCAUCAGGUAUAAAGAAGACCUGAUGGCCAUGGACCAGAACAGCGAUGAUGAUAUAGAUGCUUAUGCUUAUGAUGUUGAUGAUGAUGAUGAUAUGAGAGGUGGGAAGUUUCGAAGGGAGAGCAGUGUUUAUGGGGUGUUCGGGAAGAUGGAUGUGCAGAAGAUGGCUGAUCCCUACGUGGGCUAUGGGGGUAGGAGGGAAAUGGUGCAUGGUUGAUGCAUGGGACGUAGCCAAGUGGUGGAAUGGAUGUUAUCUCCUCGUUGGACUUGUUGCCUGUACUGGUUGAUGGUCUUUUUAUCGUGUGGGCCGGUCGUUCUAAUAUUUGAAGCACUGAACUGUAAUUUUGAUGUGCAGGCAAGGUUUAGUGGAACACCCUUGUCUGUAUUGGUACAUUGUGAAGGCGAUUAAUAAAAUGUGACAUGUCACAGGACAUUCUUCUUAUUUUAUUCGAUU